AUGUCGGCUGACUCAUCAUCUCAGAGCAUGUCGCCGUUCAACCUCUCGCACUAUCCCUCCGAAGAGGGAGAUCACAUGACGGGUGCUCGCAACUCCCCAUUUCCUCGCACUACCCCACUGGAUGACGGCCACGCAACUGUCAAUCUGCCGCAGUCGAAUGCGACUUCAUCAAGUCAUCAAGGCACGGAUGCGGUAGGAUUUAGCGGAAUAUUUGGGACUGGUACCAGCAGCGUUCACAAUGCUGCGAUGAGCAACAGCGUUUCGAGUCUGCACAGCAACACUUCGCACGCCUCGUCCGGAGCUCAUGCCGCUCCCCCUUCCAGAACAGGCUUCGAUCAAGCCAGUCGUCUCCGACAGACGUUCAACACAGCACGCAGCUCCUCGCCCUUGUCCCGCCCCCCGCUUUUCAGCCCGAAUCUGCUGCAUGAGACUGAAAGAACCUCUCAGCGUGCAAGGUCGCCCUCAGGCUCCCAUUCCGCCUCCUCUCCACCUCCUAGGAGCAACGUCACCUCGCCCCGCUAUUUCACCGAGCCCCAUCAUUCCACAAAUCCACCUCCGCAUGUCCAGUUCUCUUUGCAGCACUCACACCAGCAUCUUCAGCACCCGCAACAACAACAACAUCAUCAUCAUCAACAACAACAACAACAACAACAACAACAACAACAACAACAACAACAACAACUGCCACCACCACCACAACAACAACAGUCGCAGCAUACCCAGCAUCAGCAACCUCAACAGUCUUCAUCCCGCCAGCAUGUGUUCAAUCCCUAUACUCAGCAACCUCCGCCCAUUCCCUCUCACCAACAAGUUCAAGUGCAGCAGUCGUGGCAGGCGCGCAACGGCGCCUUGGGCCCGCUCGAUUUUCCACCAUCUGCGCAUCCUUCUGCGAUCAACCCGCUAGACCGACCACACUCGUCCACAUCGGAACGUACAUCGCGCAUUCACGAUAACGGCACUCGGAGCACAGGACCUGGCACAACACAGAGCCCUGUCGGCAGUCUUAACAAGGAGUCAGAGUUCAGCAUUUUUGUGGGUGAUCUGAGUCCCGAUCUACGCGAGGAGGAUCUCGUUGCCCAAUUCCUACAACCGCCUUCCUGGCCGCACAACCAUCCAUUUGCAGCGGCCCUGAUCCAUGCCCAACAGGCGCAAGGGAUCUACCAGCCGGGCGCCCACAUUGGCCCAGCGCCUUUCCAUUCAGCCAAGUCAGCCAAGAUCAUGACCGACCCGGUGACAGGUGUCUCCAAGGGCUACGGAUUCGUACGCUUCUCGCUUGAGGCCGACUGCAACCGUGCACUAGUCGAGAUGCAGGGGGUGGUCGUCUCGCCUGCCAAUGGUCUUUCGCCUGGACGUCCACUUCGCGUUAGCACGGCAACGCCCAAGAAUCGCACAACUGCACCUCCUCUGAUACAGCAGCCGCCUGGACCAAACAUGGCCAGCGAUCUCAACCAACAGCAUCUGCAGAUGCCUCGCCCGCACCAUCCAGCUCAGAACGCGGGGCCAUCGUUCCUGUACGGUGGUGCGCCUGGGGGUGGACCUGGUGCUCGAUCUGAAGUCGUUUCACCUCAGCCACACCUUCGACAGCAGUCGAGCCCGACGCAACCUGGCUCGCUAGUCUCGCCAGUCUCGCCUGCUUCACCUUAUGACGGUUCUGGCGCUCUCGGCGGUCCCGGCAGUGGAAACAUGCCCGCGUCUUUCGGUCCGCUCUACGGCGGCUUCCCCAACAAUGGUGGCGAUGGAGCGCACGACUCGUCACCUGCAGGCGUGUUGCGUUCGCACACGCCCUCUUCGGCACCUCCGUCCAUGCCGCAGGGCGGUUCCAGCAGCAACCCGAAUGACAGCGCUGCUGAUCCAAACAACACCACCGUCUUCGUGGGAGGUCUCUCAUCGCUCAUCUCGGAGGUCACUCUGAGAAGAUACUUUGAGCACUUUGGCGAGAUCAGCUACGUCAAGAUCCCUCCUGGAAAAGGAUGCGGUUUCGUGCAGUACGUUCGCAAGCAGGAUGCCGAGACUGCGAUCCAACGCAUGAACGGUUUUCCCAUCCUAAACUCGAAGAUUCGUCUAAGUUGGGGUCGUAGCCAGGGCGAUAAGGCGGCAGCCGCGGCUGCACAGACUAUGGCACAGUAUGCGCAGCUCGGUCAGCUCGCUGGUCUUGCCGGCUUGAGCACGCUCAGUCCGUCUCAGCUUGCUCAGCUAGCUGGGCUUGGUAGCGUCCUUAGCGCAGCCCAAGCGCAGAUGCAAGGACAGGCGCAGGCUCAUGGUCAGAGGGGUCCGCCCGGAUUUGGUCGUGAAGGUGCUGGUGGACUUGCCAACGACCCUCUUUCUACCCUGGCAAGGCAGCUCGCUGCUGCUAAUCUGCAUGGCCCUAGCUGCAUUGGUCCUCCCGUGCAAGGCAAUCAGAGCUUGCCUGGCAUGGGUCAGCGCGCACCUCUGCCUCCGUUCCUUCGUAACCCUCACCAGCAACCACCGCAACAGCCGCCGCAACUUGCUCAAGGACAUCAGCUUCCGCACUUGCAGCAUCCGGCGCAGCAGUAUCGAGGGCAGCCUGGAUUUCCAUCGUCUCAGAAUCCAGGUCUGACGGGGAUGGGAGCGAAUGGAAUUGUUGAUGGCGCCGCCGGAUACAGCGGUCGCGGAAGCUCGCACUCCAAUCAAGGUUUUGACUUUGACCAGCGUGGUGGCAAUGCGCCGGAUCAUCACUUUGGGCCGCAGGAUGGACCGCAUUCGCACGCGCCUUUCGCUUCUCAUGCGCAAGAAGGCUUUUCCGGAUUAGCACCGCUUUCGGAAUCGGAGCUGGCGGACGCGUUUGCGAGUCUCGACUUUGACGAGACGACGCGCGCAGCCUUGGCGCAACGCUUGCAAGCCCUGCAGCAGGAGGACGCGGACUUGAAUCGCACCGGUGCUGAAGGAUUUGGACGCAUUUUUGGCUUCAACGGCGUCAAUUCGGGAGAUCCGAACAAGCGUCAUGAUCCCUUUGGUAGUGGCUACAACCGCGAUCCGAACGCAUUCAUGUUCAGCCCGUUCAGCCCGUCGGACUCGCCGAUCGGUGGCAAAGCAGAUCUGCCGAACUCGCAGUCCAACUCGUCGUCGCUUUACCUCUCGCACAGGGCGGAUGAAGAUGCAACGAGUGCAGCCAAGGAGUCCACGAUUGCGGCAAACAACGCAACUGACCGCUCACGCUGA